UGGAACGUGUUAUCUUGCCGCUCCUCAUCGCAUAGCGCGGCCUCGCCCUGUUGCGAAUCUUUCUUAUUCAAGCACCUGGUACUAAUACCAAUAGUAGUGACCCAGCGGCUUUUCUCUGGGGUUUUUGGUUCAUCCGCUGGAACAAAAACGGUUUAGUACUUAAAUAUUUUGACAAUAUUUAGUGAAUUGCAAACAUCAGAUGAAAAGGAAAAUGGAAUCGGACUGACACUCAUCAACUUCUUUAACAAUUUUUUCCUGAAUUCCACGCUGUGAAUCUCGUUCUGGAAACCCACAUUUUUCUGCUGUCAGUUUAUAUAUCCACCAUGAAGAGCUACGAUCUCAACAGUGGAAUCGACAAUCCCGCUUACUGGGACAGGACCGGGUCCCUAGCGAGGACAACUACCCUCAACACAAGUCAGACCCUCAAGGCUGCUGAGGCCGAAGACCAUGAUGCCUGGGCGACCCUCGACUCCGGGACACCCUGGAAUGAGAUGACGAGUGUCGAGAAGUGCAAGGCCAUCACCAUCAAUGUCGUCAAAAUCAUGACGGUGUUCGGGCUGCUCUACUUCUUCAUUUGUUCACUGGAUUUGCUGUCUUCUGCCUUCAAAUUGAUUUCGGGAAAAACCACCAGUGAUCUGCUGGGGGGAGAAUACAUGAGUAACCCCAUCGUGGGGCUGGUGGUGGGGAUCCUGCUGACGGUGCUGGUGCAGUCCUCCUCCACCUCCACGUCCAUCGUCGUCUCCAUGGUCUCCGCAGGACUUCUGAAUGUGCACGACUCCAUCCCAAUCAUCAUGGGCACCAACAUUGGCACGUCGGUCACCAACACCAUCGUCUCCCUCACCCAGGCCGGUGACCGGGAGCAGUUCCGCCUCGCGUUCGCAGGCGCAACGGUGCACGACAUGUUCAACUGGCUCAGCGUCAUCGUUCUGCUCGUCUUAGAGAUCGCCUUCGGCGUCCUGGAGAAGCUGACAGACACUAUCGUGGAGUCCGUGGCGCCUGGCUCAGGAUCAGACGUGAAGAUUCUUAAGGUCAUCACCGAACCCUUCACGGACCUCAUCAUCGAGCUGGACAGCAAAGUCAUGAAAUGCUGGGGCUUAGGCCAGUGGCUGGACAAGGACUCUAUCAUCAAGCAAUACUGCAAGUCCUACAGGAACAGCUCCUACGCUCCUAUUGAGCCGCUACCCCUCAACGUUACCUCGAGCGACUGCUACGAAGAUCCUACGAAAAUCGGCAUUGAGGAUUCAUGUCAUUUUGCUUUCUACAACACGACUCUGACUGACAGUCAAGUGGGAAUCAUCUUGCUGGUGCUGUCCCUGUUCAUCCUCUGCGUGGCGCUCAUCUUGAUCGUUAAGCUUCUCAACUCAAUGCUUAAAGGAAGCAUCGCAAUCGUGAUCAAAAAGACGCUGAACGCCGACAUCCCAUACGUGCCGUGGCUGACGGGCUACAUCGCCAUCCUCAUCGGCGCCGUCAUGACCUUCAUCGUCCAGUCAUCAUCCAUAUUCACGUCCACACUCACCCCACUCAUCGGUAUCGGCAUCAUCUCCGUGGAGCGCGCGUACCCUUUGACCCUGGGGUCCAACAUCGGCACGACGACCACAGCCUUGCUUGCCUCCCUCGCGGGAGAGGGCGAGGGCCUUACCAACGCCGUCCAGAUUGCAUUGGUGCAUCUCUUCUUCAACAUCUUCGGCAUCCUGAUAUUCUACCCGAUUCCGUUCAUGCGGUUCCCGAUCCCGUUGUGCAAAAUUCUCGGCGACAUCACCGCCCGGUAUCGAUGGUUCGCUAUUGUUUACCUCGUUGGCAUGUUCUUCGUCAUGCCUGGAGCCGUCUUCUUGUUGUCUCUUGGUGGACCGAUCGUCCUGUGGUCUGUCCUCGGACCCAUCAUCAUCUUCUUCGUCUUCAUUGGGAUAAUCAAUUUCAUCCAAAACAAGAAGCCAAGUCUGCUGCCACAAAUUCUUCAGAAUUGGGACUUUNUGCAAAAUUUAUGUGCUGUCAAGUUCUUGUCCAGCAAUAUGGGUGUUACCACCAGCGACCUCAUCGCCGUGUCAGUCCUGCUGCUCGGCCUCUCCAGUAAAGCAGAACUACGUCUAAUUAAAAAGAAAGUCAACAUCGAGCUUCUGAAACUGCGUCUAAUCAAGCAGUCUGCAUGA